AUGGCAUAUAUUAUCAUGGGAACGGUUGUUUCGUCUGUUAUAUCCUGCUUAGGUGAAAUGACCGCCCUUAUGCCUGUCAAUGCUCCAGUCGUCGAAUUCCCUCGAAGAUUCUUAGAUCGUGGUGUUGGAUUUGCUGUUGGAUGGAUGUAUUGGUUUGCCUGGGCCGUCACCGCCGCAGAGGAAUUAGUAGCUGUUUCUGGAACUCUCGGUUUUCAUUACGAUGAUGGAAGAACUUUUCUAGCUUGGAAAAUCGGUGAAAGUGUCGACCCUGCUGUUUGGAUUGGAUUAUUCCUAAUAAUUGUCACCGUCAUCAAUAUGUUUCCUGUGAAAUACUUUGGAGAAUUAGAGUAUGCAUUUGGUUGCAUCAAGAUUAUUUUUAUCACAAUGGUCAUCGUUUUGAUGCUCGUUCUUGACACUAUGCAGCCUCGUUCCAAUGCAUAUUAUACAUCACCUCCGAAUUCCAAAUAUUGGUGUUCUCCAUGGGGAUUUUUCAACCACGCAUAUUCUGUCAGAGAUGAGGAAGGAAAUUUACAACGAAAAAUUGAAGGCUCUACUGGUUCGUUUCUGGGAAUGUGGACAACAAUUAUCAAUGUUAUUUUCUCAUAUACUGGAAUGGACAUCGUCGCAGCAACAGCUGCAGAAUCGAAAUCGCUUGCUAACGCUGAGAGUAUGAAGAUGGCUGCAAGAAAAAUCUCAAUCCGUAUCGUUACUCUCUACACUAUGGCCAUGAUCACUGCGUCUUUCGUAGUACCAUACACACAUCCGUUUAUCAAUGGAAAAGGUCAAUCGGUCGGUGCCCAUUCUAUCUUUGUUAUCGCCGUCGUCGAAGCAGGCUUACCAGCUAUGGCCCAUUUCUUCAACGCCAUCUUCGCUUUUGCAUCCUUCACUUGCGCUAUCAAUUCCAUGUAUGUGGCAUCGAGAGUUCUACAUACUCUAGCACUGCAAGACCAAACUGGACCGGAAUUUAUUGCGAGGAGAUUAAGACAAACUAGAUCGGGUGUGCCGGUCAGAGCGGUGUUGGCAACGGCCUCUAUGGCUCUAGUAGCUUUUAUGGGUAGGACUGGGACAACUGCACUUCGUCUCACUGAAUUGGCAUCAAAUUGCACUUCAUCAAUUUUGAUCGUCUACGCCACUAUCUGCGCUACCUAUCUCGGAUUUUUCCGAACACUGGAAGAUACUAAACUCUAUGGAAAUGCAUCGGAACGUCAAGCAGCGCAUUAUGAUCGAGAUCAUCCACGAUAUCCCUACAAAUCGCACGGCCAGUGGCUGAAAGGCUUUUACGGUAUGUCGGCAUGCAUUAUCCUCGUUACAUUCAACGGUGUUGCUGCAUUCCUCGAGAGACCUUUUGAUGUUAGGAGAUUCAUCGCGAGUUAUAUAUCUAUACCAGUCUUUAUCCUCCUCAUCAUCGGCUAUAAAGUUCAUAAACAUGGAUUCAGAAUACGAAAUUGGGGACCGGAAAGAUCAAAUGAUUUGAGGAAUACGAUACAAGCAGCAUCGGAGAAGAGAAAGGGAAGAUUGGAAUUCCCGGAUGAGGGAUUGAGUGUGGAGAAUUUUAAAACUUGGGCGCAUUGGCUAAAGGAAGGUGGAUAUUUAAAAGUUUAA